GGGACUAGACGCUGCCUCUCUCAGCUUCUGUCACCGCCAGCCGUCCCAGCCCCGAGCUGCAACAGCCAUGUCCAACAACAUGGCUAAGAUCGCUGAGGCCCGCAAGACCGUGGAGCAGCUGAAGCUGGAAGUGAACAUCGAUCGCAUGAAGGUGUCGCAGGCGGCGGCCGAGCUUCUGGCUUUCUGUGAGACGCACGCCAAGGAUGACCCACUGGUGACUCCUAUCCCCGCCGCCGAGAAUCCCUUCCGUGACAAACGACUCUUUUGCACCGUGCUCUGAGCCCUCAAGACAACUUUGUCCUCCCCCGACCGCGUAUGAAUCCAAUAAACUUAGUG